UUCAAAGUCUGUCGAUUUAACCUGAAUAAAUGCAUAUUAAGUUCUUAGACGAGCUUAAGCGGCUCUAUGGGAUCGUGGCAAGAAUCUGGCUAUUUAUUAGAAGGUACAAGGCUAUUAUUAUCCUCGUAUUGUUCUUGGUUUACGGGAUAUAUAAUUUGAGGUCAGAUUCAAGCAAGCGGAUCGCUUCUUUGUCGGGAUGGGGUCGUGAGGCGCCCAGAAGUAUAGGUGAUUACCUGGAUCCAACCCAGAAUACGGCGCUUAUUGUUCCGCGGGAUUUCUGUCAUAGCAAAGCUCUUCUGACAAUAGUAGUAUGCUCCUUUGUUCACCACUUCGAACGGCGGCGUGCCAUCCGCAUGCUUUGGGGCAACUCCACCGACUUCAACUACUCGGCCUUUGUAAAGCUUCAUGGCCAUCUCAAAGGACGAUACCUGGACGUUCUCCCCGGGCGUCUGAAACUGUAUAGCGAGUAUCUAAGUGGUGAGGGUAACUCCCUUAAGGCCUCUAUACGGAUCGUUUUCAUUCUGGGUCGCAGAAACUUAGCUUCCCUCCGUGAGAAUGAGGCGGUUGUCAGAGAGGCGGAGAAGUAUAAUGAUAUUAUCCAGGAGAACUUCAUGGACACCUACAAUAACUUGACCAUCAAGGCUGUGAUGGCACUCAAGCACAUCAGCCAGAGUUGUGUAAACACCACAGCCUUCUACUUCAAGUGCGACGACGACACAUUCGUCAACGUGCCCAACAUUCUGCACUUUCUCCUCGGGGGAACGAUUCCUGUGAACGCGGUUACGGCAGGGUUCCAUUACGGCAACACGUACGAGGUCACUUCGUGGCGAAAGCGAUUGACCGCCCGCAGAGAGAUCAUGUACGGACGCUUGUACUGCAAUGUAGCGCCGAUCACCAAUAAGUUUAACAAAUGGUACGUGCCAUCGUACAUGUUCCGGGGCGGUGUGUAUCCGAGGUACUUGUGCGGAUCCGGCUACUUGAUGUCCAUAGAUGUGGUGCCACGUCUGUACAAGGCGUCGCUGGGCACUAGGAUUGUGCACUUGGAGGACAUGUUUGUGACCGGACUGUGUGCAGAGAAGGCUGGCAUCAAGCGAACCGGCCACCCGCUCUUCAGGUCCGCUUAUCCCUAUGAGGCGGAUGCACAGUGCACCCUCAAAGGAAGCUUCACUGUUCACCGUGCAAAGGAUUACAUCAUGUGGGAGGCCUGGUACAAAGUCACUAACUUCAGCGGCAAGUGCCCUCCACCAAAAAUGAACUUCCACUUGAAGCUGCGCAAGAGGCAAAAGUGCUAGAUUUCAA